CUCACGAUGAUAUGUGCCGCAAUCGUGCGUGGAUAACAUUUUGCACUACUAUGGCAAUAUUUAGCCUGCCAGUCGUCUCUUACUCAGACGAUGCAUCUUGUCCUACGCCAAUAUCAGUCCACCGUCCGUAUUCCCUCUGCGAACAUAACAAAAAUCCCUGGCCAUUCAUCUGCCAGUGUGCGACUUCAAGUUGGCUCGUCGACCCGAAUCGCCCGACUUGCAACAACUCAAAGCGUACAUCCCACCCACACAGCAUGGUCUACGCCUAGCCUUCCAUUCCCUCUGAGGAACGAGCAGAGACGCGAUAUGUCUUCCGACGCCCCUAGCGCAGCGCGCGACAAGAAUGCGACAGACAAGCCAAAGCACCAGAAUCGCUUGAUGAACGCGAAGAGUCCCUACUUGCUGCAACAUGCAGAGAACCCGGUGGCUGGUAUGAGUGGGGGCCGGAAGCGUUCGAGAAGGCGAAGCGGGAGGACAAACCUAUCUUCUUGUCGGUCGGAUACUCAGCCUGUCACUGUUGGUCGUUCCGCUAUCACACUGGAGACAUGGAUGGAUCGCACAUGAGAACACUGCCGAAAUGUGGCUACUGUGACCACAUUGCGGCGCGCGAUACAGCUAAGUCCACAUUGUGUGCCCGCGAAAAGCGCAUAUAGGAGCGGACGUUGGUAUUCCAGUUCUUUCCAAAGCGAUGGGCCCUACCCGGAGAAAUGUACACAGGCGGAAGAUGUCGGGUCCCGACUUCAGGUGCUCCGCAUCCUCUGCCGGUCCACCUUAGUCACUUGUCACGGUCGAUUGGCCUUGACACUGCUGAUAUGCGGG